AAGAAUUCAACAAAGUUGGCAUUGAGGCCAGGAGCUCCUCUUCCAGUGAUGAUUUGACUAGUGACCUAAACUCUGAUAGUAAUAUUGCUGAUCUGCAGAUUGCAGUAGGUGGUAGACAUUCUUCCAGUUCAACAAAUAUGGUAAAAUCUCUGCUCAGUCAUGAUCCAAUCAGCGAUCAGGUAAAUACAGGCCUUGCAGCAUCCAAAAGUGCCAUUAUAACUUCAAAGAAGAUAGAUGGUGGCAUCCAAUCUGUGGCUGACAGUGACCUUUGCUCAAAGAACAGCAACAAAUCAGCCUAUUUAAUAGACAAUGGACUUUCCACAACUGAGAAACUGAGCAGUGGAAAAGAUAUUGAACUUGGAAGAGGAGAUGAAUUGGGUAAAUCUGGAGCAGCAGCUGCUCAUACUGAUAGUGAGCUACUUGAUUCAGCAGACAGCAACUUGAAUAGUUCUGUUAAAGAACAAACUAAGGAGCAGUACGGCGUGACAAAGGAAGAGGACAUCCCAUACACAAAGGUUAAAUGUUAUGGUAAAGAGAAUCAAGCUCAAAAGAAUGAGAAUGAAAUACUUGAUCGUGAUUCUGAAGGUGGGGAAGAAAAAUUGAAUCAGGAUUUAUUGGCCAUGAAGAGGAGAAAUAGUUCAGAGUUGUCUGCUACAACAAUAGGUGAGAAAAGUGAUGCCAAAAGUACUGAAUCUGAAGUUUUAAGCAGAAAGGAGAAAAAGAAGAAAAAAAAACAUUCAAGUGACACAACUGCUAUGUCAAGGAGCAUGCCUUUGCCACAGGAAGAAACUGUUGUCAUUUGUUUUCAUGCAUUGUUAUCCAAGGAUUUUAAAUUCAAUCCGGAAUCUGAUACAGUAAAUGUGAGAGGUCUUGGUUUCGACUGGGACAUAGAUAUGGUGGAGAUGUCUGUAACCAAGAACUUGAAAGAACAUGGUUACUUAAUCGAAGGACGUCUGUUUGCUCCCAAAACUAUGGUUGGAAAACAAUUUCCUUAUAAAUAUGCAGUCCAUAAAACACAGGGUGAUAAAGUUGAGUUUGAACAGAUUUAUAAGUGGGAUACACCUGAUGGGUGUAUCAUUAAUCGUUGUCUACAUAUUAAACCAGACUUGGUUUUUGAAGGAGAAUGGCAUCAGUAUGAUGAUAUCAUCUGUGCAGCCCCUGAAGAAGGUAUCAAAGCCUCUUUUAAGAAUUGGUUGAACAUUGGUAAAAAAACUGAUGUAAGGAAAGGCAAACUAAUAGCUGGGGAAGUCUUACUGGAGUCAAUGCUUGACAUUCUUUCAACGUGGAAUGAGAAAAAUUUGAAGAGUUUUCUGAAUCAAUUGCAGCAAUUCUAUGAAGUUUAUGAGCGUCCUAUGGUCUUUGAAAACCGACCAGUUUUUUGGUCUGCCCUUUUGAUUGGUGAGAAAGAAGUUAAGGGUCUCCUAUUAAAAGUUUUGAAAGAAUGGAUGAAGUGUCCAGAAAAUCAAGCUUCAAAAUCUGAGACAAGUUCUGUGCAAAACCGCCUACGAAAGGGAGUGCUAUUCCUGUACCUGGCUGGCAUCUAUAAAAUUGAAGUAGGAAAAUCAGAUUUAUAUACCAUCUGUGAUCUUCUCUGCGUUCAACAAAAUUCAGCGAAUACUCUUUCCAAUGAAUUCAAGACACUUAAAGAAAGCUUCCAUUUUGCGGAAAAAAUUGAAACAUUUCUGAAGCAGAUGAUGUUGAGUUGUAUUGAAGAGGGAAUCAUAAAAUGGGUGCAAACCAUUCCUGUUCUCCACUUAUUUGGCGUUUCAUCUAAUCAAGCAAACCCAGAUCUUCGGGACACUAGGUUUAAAUCUGAAGACUGCUGGGCUGGACUCGAUGGACUUCCAAUUGUCAGUUUCAGAAACAAAGUACAUUAUAGUCUCAAGAGGGAUUUGCUUGAUCUGAUGAACAAAAGCAAGCAUUUGGCAACAGUGGAUAGGCUGUUACUUCGAUCUUGGUUCAGCUUAUUGCCUUUGGAAGGUUUGCCUGACUAUCUAACUAUGGUGGGACCUGAUCUGUUUGAUAUUCUACAAGGAAUCUUCCAGAGACUGAGAAGCUUUAGUUGCAUUUCAAGCAUACAUGAGAAUUUAGAAAAACUGUUGAAACAUGUGAAAAAAAAUGUGGACAGUCCUCAAAACAGUGAUCUUGGUGGUGAACGUAUAGUUGCGUGCAUGAAGACCAGUUUGAAAAUCCAUGAAAAAAUAUGUAAAUCUUGCAAAGAUAAAAGCGAUGUAGAAAUCAUUGCCACUUCUGUUGCAUUAAUUAGCAAGCUUGGUGAACUUAAAAAAUCCUUGUUAAAGAUUGCAGAUGAGAAAACUCAAAAGGAGGAAACCCUAAUGAUGGAAGACACUGAAACGCUUUUAAAGAUGGCUUUGUCAUUUACAAGAGAUUGGCUAAAAGAUGUCCUUAGAACAGAUUUGUUUUGUGAAAACAGAAUCGAUAAGUCUGAACAACAGGUGUGGGUCACACUAGUAACCUUAGACUUUGGAUGUAUAAAAUGGGCUUCCAUUUGGAAAGAAGGACUAUUGAGUGACCUGGAAGGACGAAUAAAAAAGAAAGCUCCAGUGCAUCAGAUAGAAAUUUAUUGCUCCAAUAGUGAGGAGUUAAGCAGUUUGCAGCCUUUGAUUGCAAAAUGUUUCGAGAAUUGUGCACUUGAUGCUGUCCAUUCUAUAUGUCAGGCCAAAUCUGAGGGCAAACUUUUAGAUAAAUUGUUACGUUAUGAUUUGAGCAAAUUUGGAAAAUUGUUGUCAACAAUAAUUGAAAAAUCCUGGCUUAAAAACAGAGAUGGAAAGUUUUUGGAAGAUCCUGAUUCUGUUGUCAGGCAUUUACUUGAUUGGUCAGCUGCACGAACUAUCUUUAAAUUGCAAGGAACGGACAGUAAACUUAUUGAUACACUGUCAGACGAGGCUCGUCAUUUGAUGGCAAUCGCAGAUUCAGUGUUCAUGGAUAUGAUGAACAGACUUCUCGAUGGCUCCAUAAAAGUAAAAUAUUUGGACUUGAUCUUAAAAAAGAAAACCAGGGUUAUGGCUUUGCAUAACACAAGUAAGAAUGGAUCUUUCACAGGACAAACCCUAGAACAGUUAUUGACUUGGCGAAAAGAGGAAUUUGAUGCAUUCAAUGAGGAAAGUAAUUGGAUGGACAGUCUCUUGAAAAUGUGUAGAAAAAUCAAUGAGUUUGUAAAAGUGGAAAUUGAAGAGCUUGAAAAACUGGUUGGAGCCAAUGUUGAAACAAAGGCAUUAAGCGAACUGGUGACCGUAAAACAGAUGAACGAUUUGAAACCUUUCCCCACUCAAGUUACCUACUUCACCUUAAAUGAAAAGGUGAAACAAAUGGCAAAAAACAUCCAUACUUUCAAAGAUAGCCAUGUUUUACAAAUGUGCUGGGAAAAGGAGGCCAAAGCAUUGGACAAGGAAGAUGUAUCUGAUGAUGAAGAAGCAGAAGCAUCAGAGUUGACUUCUUCAUUAUCUCUUGAAGAUGUUCAUACUACGAUAUGGAAGCCAUGUCUGGAUAAGUAUAAGGAAAUAUUUAAAAAGCUAAAGGAGGGGUGUCUUACAUUUGAAGAGGUCAGUAUCAUUUUUAAAGACUUUGUUGAUCGAUAUGAAGAUCUAAGGAGUGAUUUCAAGAUUAUGAGUGGCUUAGAGAUGAGCACAAAGGGCAACUGGAUAGAAAAACGAAUCCAACAAAUUCGGGAAUACCACCAACUACAUUUAGCUGUUGAAUCUGCCCAAGUAAUCAUGAAAGCACAGAAUGUAUUGAACCUUACUGGAAAUUUUAAUGUUCUGCAAACACUGAUACUUCUGACAAAUGAAUCCUAUAAGGACCAAAGGUUGGACUGCAUAAAUGAGCAACUUAUAAAAGCCAAAAACUUUCUUGUUGAAAUUACACCAUCUCGCAGAAAUUGUUUGGAAGAGCUUACUCGAAGGCAGCAAUUUGUACAUUGGGUGAAAGAAGCAUUAGAAGACACAAAUGAACUCAAAGUGUUUGUUGACCUGGCUUCAAUAUCAGCUGGUGAAAAUGACCUUGAUGUUGACCGAGUUGCUUGUUUUCAUGAUGCUGUGUUAGGUUACUCAUCGUUACUUUUUGAACUAAAGCCAAAUGCUGGUUUUGUUGAUCUUAUGUCUUGCCUGCAGAAGUUAUGGAAUGCUUUAGACAAUGAUCCUGAUCUUUCUAAGAAACUGCGCGAUUCAGCCCGGCAUUUGGAGUGGCUAAAAACUGUGAAAGAAAGUCAUGGGUCUGUGGAGCUGUCCUCCCUUUCACUGGCUUCGGCCAUAAACAACAAUGGAAUCUAUAUCAUUGGUUCUCAGGACAAAGAAAAGCUUUCAUUAGGUUCAGCUAUUACACUAAUUUUGUCAGAAAUACAUGAUGACAGUGAGGAGUUGCGAAGUUAUACUCUCGAAGAAUUGAAAGAGCUGCAAAAUAAACUCAUGCUGAUGUCAGGCAAGGGAGACCAUGGACGUGAAGAAGUGGAAAGAUUUGUAGAGGUAUUUGCCAGUGUCCAGAGGCUUGCAACAUCUUUCAUCAGCUUAUCUUUAGCUGGCAACAUGUUAUUUAGGAAUUGGACAGCUGAAGUACAUUGUUCAAGGAAGAAUGAAGCUUGCAUGAUAAUUGAUUUUAAAUUAGACAAUGUCAGUAAGAUUAAGGCUGAUGGAAAUGUCACUGAGCAGCUUCCGAUUCUCUGCAAAAAGAUGGAAGCCUAUCUAGAAAUGUGGAAGAAAUAUAUGAAUCAACAAAGGUCUCAAUAUUAUUACUUAAACUUCUACACAGCUGAGCAGAUUGUUUACCUCUGUACAAAGUUAUUUGACCAGAAUUGCACGAGUCUUCAAGUCCUGAUGAUGUUAUCCUUCAUUAAACCUGACUGUACUGAUGAAGAUGUAAGAAGAGCUCUGAAGAAACUUUCUGCAAAAAAUGGGAACACAAGGAUUCAACUGUUGGCUAGUGACAAGAGUGAUAAUGAAAUCUUAAUGAAGACAAAAUCAGGUAUCCAAGAUAUAGCUGAGGAAAGAGAUAUGGAGGAAAAAAUGGACUUGCUGUGGGAACACUACAUGAAGAAUAUGAGCUAUUUCCUGUCCAACUCUCUUGAUGUCAGCUCCCUUGGUAAACUUCUUGAUAUUGUUGCUGACACAAAACAAACUAUUACAAGAGCACUUCCACCUGGAUUUCAUGAAAGUCACCCUAACCUUGUUGUUUGUCCACGUUCUGAAUUGCUUACAUCUGCUUUGUGCAUUUAUAUGUACUCCAGUGAUCAGCCAUUGCCUACUUACGAUGAAGUGUUGCUUUGCACAACUGAGACGACAUAUGAGCAGGUGGAACUGUUUAUGCGACGAUGCCUAACUGGUUAUGAAUGUUCCAAGAUAUAUGCACUGCUGUAUGCAGAGGAACUGACUUAUGACAUCAGUGUGCGGUGUGAAGAAUUGUUCAAAAGUCUUGAGUUGGAGAGUCAUUCACGUUACAAGAUAGUCAUACUGUGCAGCUGUGAGAGGGAGCACUGCUACAUUCCAUCUGCAUUUAGUCAAUAUAAGGUGCAUAUAAUUCCACAUGAACCUUUAGAGAAAAUCCAGAUCUACCUGGAGGAUCACUAUAGAAUUGCAGCAAACAUUUCAUCUGCAGCUUCGGUGUUUAAAGAUAGAAUGUUCGUGAGGAUGAUUUCUUCAAAGAGAGCUGGAGUUGGGAAAUCACUUUAUGUAAAGAGACUGCAUGAAACAUUGAAGAACCAAACUGGAAAGGAAAGCUUGCUGAAAACAAUCCGCUUAAUAGAACCAUGGGUAGAUGAAAACAAAAUACUCCGAACCAUAUUGUCAUUUAUAAAAUCAUCAAAUGGGAAAGAGCCAAUGAUAUUUCAUUUUGAUGUCACUUCUUCUGUACAGAAAGGAUUAUGCGAAUUUAUUUUCAAACUACUCAUCUUGCAUUACUUGAUGGGCACUGAUGGAAAAAUGUGGAAGUGUAAGCCAUGCCAUAUAUACAUUGUAGAAAUGCUAGACCCGACUGGAUUCCUAUCUAAAAAACAUGCAAGACAUGGGACCCAAAUACCAAAGCAUGGCUUCCUCGAUAUUUUUCCCAAAGUAUACUGUAGACCACCAAAAGAAGUUCUUGAACAGGAAGUCAGAAAAUCUGAAAAUCUAUCAUGGAAUGGCAUUGAUCCUCUUGUAGAUGAUGAAGAAUUUCAAAGUGAAACAUUUCAAAGGCCAUACCAGUAUCUUAGAAGAUUCAAAAACCAAGAAAAUCUGGAUACAUUCAGCUAUCAAACGGGAACUGUUGAAGGCAGCCAUGUUGAGUGCCUGCAGCUGUUUUUGAUCUAUUGUGGGGUGAUGGAUCCUUCUUGGUCUGAGUUGCGGAACUUUGCCUGUUUUCUGAACCUGCAGUUGAAGGACUGUGAAACCUCUGUGUUUUGUGACUUUAGUUUUAUCAAAGAUACUCUACAAGGAUUCAAAACUUUUGUUGUUAAUUUCAUGAUUUUGAUGGCAAGAGAUUUUGCAACACCUUCUCUAAGUAUCUCAGACCAGAGCCCAGGAAGGGAAAUCAUCAACUUAGAAGGUGUUAAAGAAGAAGAUCUUGCACCAUUUCUUGUGAGGAAAAUGUGGGAAUCUGAACCACAUCCAUACAUUUUUUUUAAUGAUGAUCACACAUCUAUGACUUUCAUUGGCUUCCACCUUCGCGAAAAUGGCCAAGGUGGGAUUGAUGCCAUAAACCCAUCAAAUGGCAAGAUUAUUAAACCAAAUAUAAUGACUCGUGAACUGUACAAUGGUUUACUUCUACAAAGAGUUCCAUUCAACACAGAUUUUGACCAACUUCCACGAAGUGAAAAGAUUGAGCGUCUUUGUACAGUAUUGGGCAUUCAAUGGCCAAUGGACCCUGAUGAAACCUAUGAGCUCACCACAGAUAAUAUUUUAAAAAUUCUUGCGAUUCACAUGCGUUUCAGGUGUGGCAUUCCUGUAAUCAUCAUGGGGGAAACUGGCUGUGGAAAGACCAGGUUGAUUAAGUUCUUAUGUGAUUUACGGAAAGUUGGAGCGAACACUGACAACUUGAAACUAGUCAAAGUCCAUGGUGGAACAACUGCAGACAUGAUUUAUUCAAAAGUUAAAGAUGCAGAAGUUGUUGCUUUGGAAAAUAAGAUGAACUUUGAUUUUGACACAAUUCUCUUCUUUGAUGAAGCCAACACUACUGAAGCUGUGAAUAGUAUUAAGGAAAUUCUUUGUGAUCAGAUGAUUGAAGGGAUACCUUUAACUCCCAAUACUGGUUUACAGAUAAUAGCAGCCUGCAAUCCUUACAGAAAGCAUACAGAUGAGAUGAUAAAGCGUUUAGAGUCAGCUGGGUUAGGCUACCGUGUUCGAGCAGAUGAAACAGAAGAUAAACUAGGAUCUAUUCCCUUGAGGCAACUUGUUUAUCGUGUACAAGCUUUACCACCAAGUAUGGUACCAUUAGUAUGGGAUUUUGGGCAACUUAAUGAUAUCACUGAGAAGAUGUACAUUCAACAAAUUGUUCAACGGCUGACUCAGUCCAUUUCAGUUCCUUCUACCUAUAUUAAGUGCAUAGUGGAUGUUUUGGCAGCUUCACAAAAUUUCAUGAGACAUCAGAAAGAUGAAUGCAGUUUUGUCAGUCUUCGAGAUGUGGAAAGAUGCAUGAAAGUGUUUGUUUGGUUUUACACCCGUCGCCAAAUGCUUUUGAACAAAUUGAAAGAAUUCUUACAAGGUCAAGCUGUUAAGAAUGCACUCCUUGAUGCCAAAAAUGAUAUAAUCUGGUGCAUAGUGUUGGCACUUGGAGUUUGUUACCAUGCAUGUUUGGAAAAGAAAGUUGCGUAUCGGAAAUUUAUCUGCCGUCAUCUUCCUACACCAUAUAAUAAUGCUGCCAAAUUCUUGGAGCAACUCGUGCUCCUCCAAGACCUUUUAUUAAGUGGUGUACCGCUGCGAGAAACAAUAGCAAGAAAUUCUGCAUUGAAGGAAAAUGUUUUCAUGAUGGUUAUUUGUAUUGAACUUAAAAUUCCACUGUUCUUGGUAGGAAAGCCUGGAAGUUCAAAGUCCCUUGCAAAAACAAUUGUAGCAGAUGCCAUGCAAGGGCAAGCAGCACAUUCUGAAUUGUACAAAAACCUAAAGCAGAUCCAUCUAGUAUCAUUUCAGUGCAGUCCUCAUUCCACCCCUGAAGGAAUCAUUAAUACAUUUAAGCAGUGUGCACGAUUCCAAGAAGGAAAGAAUCUUGAUGAAUAUAUUUCAGUGGUUGUCUUGGAUGAAAUUGGCCUUGCUGAAGAUUCUCCAAAAAUGCCACUGAAAACUCUACAUCCACUUUUGGAAGAUGGGUGCAUUGACGAUGAUCCCCUUAAACACAAAAAAGUUGGUUUCAUCGGAAUAUCCAAUUGGGCCCUCGACCCUGCUAAAAUGAAUAGAGGAAUUUUUGUAUCACGAGGAGAUCCUGACAAAAAAGAACUGAUUGAAAGUGCAAAAGGGAUCUGUUCUUCGGAUCCUGUGAUACAGAAAAAAGUGAUUGGCUUGUUUGUGAGCUUUGCAGAUGCUUAUCUAGCUGUUUGCAAAAAGCAAAAUAAGGAGUUUUUUGGCCUGCGCGAUUAUUAUAGUUUAAUAAAAAUGGUUUUUUCACUUUCAAAAGCUACCAAAUUGGAACCAACACCAGAGCAGUUAGUGCAGGUUGUGCUGCGUAACUUUAGUGGAAGCGAUGAUGUUGAUGUUAUGGAAGUUUUCAAGUCAGUACUCAAGAAUGCUUCUCAUAAUAGCAUUAAUACACUGGAACUGAUCAAUCUCAAUAUAAGUGCUGAUUCUCAUGACAACGAAUGUCGGUACCUGCUCAUUCUAACUAAAAACUAUGCAGCUCUUCAAAUACUUCAGCAGAUGUUUUUCUCCAGAAAACACCAGCCUGAGAUCAUCUUCGGGUCCAGUUUUCCUAAGGAUCAGGAAUAUACUCAGAUUUGCAGAAACAUCAAUCGUGUGAAGAUAUGUAUGGAAACUGGGCAAAUGGUGUUUUUGUUAAACCUUCAGAAUCUCUACGAAAGUCUUUAUGAUGCAUUGAAUCAAUAUUAUGUCUAUCUUGGAGGACAGAAAUAUGUCGAUUUGGGUUUGGGAACUCAUAGAGUCAAAUGCAGAGUCCAUCCAGAUUUCAGGCUGGUAGUUAUAGAAGAGAAAGAGGUGGUCUACAAAGAGUUCCCAAUUCCACUUAUCAAUCGGCUUGAGAAACAUUAUCUCGACAUUAAUACUGUUCUUGAUGGAAAUCAAAGAGAUAUUGUAGAACAAUUGAAGCGUUGGGUGGACACGUUCACAGCAGCCCAAUCCAGAAAUGCCUCCAUCCACGUAAGACAGCAAGCAUACAGUCCAUCUGAUGUAUUUGUUGGCUAUCACUCUGACACCUGUGCAUCUGUUGUUUUACAAAUAACAGGAAGGUUGAAGCAGAGUGAAGGUUCCUGGGAAGAAGCUCUUAAAGAAGCACAAUGGGUGUUAUUGAAUUGUGCCACCCCAGACUCUAUAGUUCGUUUAACAAACUCUAAAUUUGCUCCAUAUCAAACUGACAUGAUAAUGCAGAAGUACUUUGCAGACCAACAUCAUGAUUCCCUUGCGGAUUUUGUACAUUUUCACACCACAUCCAGAGUUCAACAUCGGGCAGCAUUCAUUGAGGUUACAACUUAUUCACGUCUUCUAACAACUUCUGAUGUCGAAUCUUUGCAAAGGGAAGUAGGUGAGAGUGUUGAGGCAGUCUUCUGUUUCUCACUACAGCAGUUUGACACAGAAUAUUCAUUCCUGAAGAAAAUAAGACAUUGUGUUGACUUCUGCCAAGGAAAUAAAAUCUUGCUGAUACAAACAGACUUUGAAAAUAGUUCACAAAGUGCAAAUUUAAUUGCUUCAGCAAAGUAUUCAACUAUAAAUGAAAUCAACAAAAGCAGGUGUGACGAUUGCACAGUCUAUAUUUAUUUCAUCACUAAAUUGCCAAGAAUGGAAGGUGGAUCAACAUAUGUAGGAUUUCAUGGAGAUCCGUGGCAGUCAGUUCACAUUGAUGACCUAAGGAAGUCGAAAGACAUGAUUGCAGAUGUGACUGCUUUCAAAGGUGUUACUAUUAGCCAGCUGUUUGGCAAAGAUCCAGGGGAACCUGAAGCCAUGAUUGUGGACCAGGGAGAGAUGACUGAAGAGCCUGUAUCUGAAUCACUACUUAAUAAUGAAAAGAUCUUGGAUACAACCUCACUGAUAAGGAGUUGUGUGCAGCCUGCUGUUAGCAUGCUGAAGGAUCAGCACCAAAGUGCUAGUCGCAGCACGAAGCGAGUAGAAAUUCUACUUUCACUGUUAAUGGAAGACAAUGAGCUCAAAGCUUCAUUCCUUUCAAUGAUGAAACAAAGGCUACAUUCACUUCUGCUGAAGAGAGAUGAGGAGUCUAUCAAUGCAACGGAAUGGAUGGUGCGGGAAGCCUCAAACCUUGAAGCACUUCAGGAAGGUGGUACCUUCAGGCACACACUUUGGAAACGAGUUCAGAAAGUAGUGACACCUUUACUGGCACAGAUUAUCUCUAUUAUAGACCGAGACUGUAACCUAAACUUGUUAAUUGAUGAGACUCCUGAACUUGUACGAACACUUUGGUUGGACAUUUUUCGUGACUUAAAUCUGCUGGAUAUUCCUUAUAACAGAGAUAUCCUCAAUUUACAAUCUGAGAUUAUUGUCCACAACUACAUGAAGAUGGAUGUACUGGCAAUUAGUAACAUGUUACCUUUCAGUUGGAGAAUAAAAGACUUUUUGGAUGAAUUAUGGAUUCGGGCCCAGUAUAUGGAAGGACAAGGUGAGCACAAGCUGAAUGAAAUAUUUAAUAAAACUGGAUUUGGAAAAUACCUUUUAAAUCUGAGUGAAGAAUGGAGACAGGAAUUUUUCUUGAGGUACUUGAACGAUUUCCUGCUGAUGACCAUGAGCAUUUCAUCUGAAUCAGAAUUUGAGUUCCUUCAGGGAGCACUGAUGUCCUGUGUAAAUGAGUUGAAAAUAAAGCACAGUAUUGGGGAUGAUCUGUCUAUAUUUUGGGUGCACAUUGCACAUCAACAUUUCAAAAAUCGUCUUCAAAAUUUUUCACGAAUUGUUGCAGUGCAACCUUCGGUCCUGCAACUUCUACAGAGGGUGAACAAUGAUAUUCAGAAAGCUGAAAGCAGAGAGAUGGUCAUCGAUGUUUAUGCAGCAGCUGCCUGUGUUGAAAUGCUAGAAUCUGCACAAAAUGAAAUGUCACCUGAAGUCUGGUUACAUGAAGUCAAUAGUCUGCAGAUGCCCAUUGAACUAAUCUGCACAGAAGAAUUUCUGCAGUGCCAGGGGAUCAAAUCAUCUGUUGUACAUCUUGUCCAAAUGGGAUGGAGACAAAUUUAUUCUUUGUCACUCUUUGUGGAGCAUGUGGUGCUUGGAGUAGAAGAAAUUGACAAGAGAUUGAAGAAUGUGGUUGCAACAUUUGCUGGUUGCCUUGGAAAGUGUCUGCAAGGCAACUCUGACGUAAGGACUCAAGAUCCCUUUCAGGCUGUGAUUAAGGUUCUAAGGGAUUGUAAGGAAAGUGCAGGACGGGUCUUCUCUAGAUUUGGCCUGGAACCAUGUCCAGUUUGCAUAGGAGAGCUCACCAAUCCCGUGUUGCUUCCAUGCGAUCAUAUUUAUUGUCAAGACUGUUUAAAGCAAUGGCUUGUUCCAGGGCAGAUGUUGUGCCCUCUCUGUUUAACUGCUUUGAAUGAUGACUAUGAAGUGAAGGUAUCUGAAGAAAUAAGAGAAGCUGUUGAAAAAAAUGCCAUUUUUCGUAAGAGAUGUGAUGCAUUUUUCAUAGCUCUGGUUUCCAUGGUCUGCUUCAAAGAUAAUUCACCGCCAACAAAAGAAGUUGUUACUGACCUUCUCUCACAAUUGGUUACUGAAAAGGAGGUGUCUAUCAAGAUCAUGGGCAAAGAUCGUCAGUAUCAUACCAGAACCCUUUCACCGUUUGAUGACUCAGUUGAUCGAAAUCCAGUUGUCCGUUCCAUAGUACUUAAGCUGCUAUUAAAGUACAGUUUUGAUGAUAUUAAGGAUCACUUACAACAGUAUCUUUCUGCAGUUCAAAAAUCAAAGAUUCUCGAUCAGAAAGAUCGGACUGAAUUCUAUGCGCUGUUUUUGAAUUGUUUGGAGGAUUCUAUAUACGAAAAAUCCCAGUUUUGCACAGUACAAGAGAAAGUUGCUUAUCUGGUCCAGGAAGGGGAUUUCCUUCAAAAGCUCUUCCCUUACAAGAGUUCACAGACUACAAUAGAAUCCUUACAGCUAAUUGCCAGAAUCCGACUUUGUUUUGAUAUGGCUUCUCAACUUCUGUGUGAAUCAUGUGACACAUUUGCGAAGGAGAUCGGAUACGUUGAUGCAAAGAAGAAAUUUCUGCACAGGUUAAAGGACAUGCUUCCUAAAUGCAAAAAUGAUUGGUUCCGGAUUUACCUUGUGCGAAAGCUAUGCAGUCUAGGUGGAAUGGAGUUUGUUCAGCAGCUUUUAAUGGAUGAUCAAUUUGCAUGGCUAUUUCCAGAGCAAAUUGUUCAACAGAGAGAUAAUCCUGGACAAAUUGAUCGUUACCUUGUGUAUGGUGAAAAUUAUAGACUUAUUCGUGAUGCGGUUGGCAAGGCUGUUCUUGAAUGCAAGACUAAAAAUAUAGCUGAAGCUCACAAGGAUUGCAAAUGUUCUUUGAAUGAGAAAGAAGUUCACAUGAUCCUUGCCAUUUUCCGGGAGAUCACUAUUUUGAAUGCAUCGCCCAACCAAUGUGUCCGACCAAACCAAGCGCAAUGCGAUACAAUUGAAAAGUAUAUACAGAAUGAAAUGGUGUUUGGUUCUACCAAAAUUAAGAAUUUUGCCAUUAAAUUAGUCAACAAUCACUUUCCUGGACUUCAGAUCAACCCUGAGCAAAGCAGCUUAGAGCGGACAAUGAUAGAAAUAAUCACUCACACGGCAGCUAUACUCAUCUCUGGGAACAAUGGCAUCCUGAAACCACUGCAAAAUCUCGCAUUCCAACCUGCUAAUAUGUUGGCUGCAUUCCUGCCCACCAUGCCUGAGGACAUAACUGUAGAAGCCCGUGGCUGGACUGCAUUUCAGAGUCAAACGUGGUUUCAGUGCCCAAAUGGACAUCCGUGCGUUGUAGGAGAAUGUGGAAUGCCUAUGGAAACAGCUCGUUGUGUUGAAUGUAAUGCUGAAAUUGGAGGAAAAAAUCAUGUUGCUGUUGCUGGAUUCAGACAUGCUGAUAUGAUGGACAGGACACAAACAGGACAUGUUCUAGGAGAUCCAGGGAAAAGAGAAGCAGUGGCCAUUCCUGACAGAGAGAUGUCUGCAGUUUCCUUUUUAAUUAUUCGCCUGCUGACACAUGCAGCUAUGAUUUUAGGAACAAUAGAAGAUCCUCAGUCGACAGCAGUCAUUAUAAAGCCACAAGUUGCAAAUCCAGCAGCCUUUCUCUGGUGUCAUAUUGGAAAAGACAUGGAACAACUGAUAAGGUCACUGGGAAAGAGUGCAGAUGAAACUGCCAUAGUCAUUCAUAUCAUUCUUAGCCAUCUCUUUCAGCAAAAGCAGUUGCCUUCUCUAGAAUGUGAAAGACUCUCCACUAAACAACAAAGAAAUAAUUGGGAGAAACUGUUUUUGCAAUGUGUGAUAACUCCCACAUUAAAGAACCUGGAUAGAAAUCUUAUGGACAUCAACAACCAAAUAAGUCAGGACAAAAGAAUAAGUUCAAAUCCUAUUGUCAAAAUUGUGUACGGCGACCCACAAACAUUUCUUAAACUACCUGACAAGCAACCACUGCACAGUUCUACUAUUUGGAGCUGUCGGAAAAGAAUUUCCAUUGAACAUUUGAGACACAUAAUGGAACAUGAGGAUGUGCAAGAUGCUGUACCCAUCCUUUGGAAGUUUCUACAAAAGGAAGCUCAGUUAAGAUUGGUGAAGUAUCUACCAGAAUUAUUGGCAUUCCAGUAUGACUUGGUGAAACGAUUUCAGAAUGCAACUGAUGUACCUGCACAAUCUGUUCAUGAGUUUCUUCAGAACAUCAGUCCAGAGUCUUUAAAGCAUACAUUUUCAUCUCAAAUCUCACGUUUCUUUUAUGUAUGGAAUCAACUACGAACAUUCCUUGUUACUAAUGGUGAAAUUAAGAUUCCAGAGGAGUACUGUGCUUUUGAUUUGGACAUGCACAACUGUGCACUCGAAGUCCUGCUCCCCCGUCGACAGAAUCUUGGCUUGUGCUCUACAGCAUUAGUUAGCUACCUUAUAGGUCUUCAGAAUGACUUUGUUUAUACAGUGGAGAAGUACACUAGCAAAUCUACAAUGUACUCAAUCAAACCGUCAGAUGUUGCUGACUUGCAUGUAAUUAAAUAUGAGGUCGGGAGAGAUCUGAUUCCUCUCAUUUCAUCCAACUGCCAAUACACAAUGGAAAAAGGAGGGGAAACCAUGUUUGAGUAUGACUUGAAGAGAAUUGAACAGCAACUUACUUAUAGAUUCUUAAAAGGAAAACCACUUAUAAGCUUAACGGGAAUACCAACACUGAUUUACAGACAAGAAAGAAAUUAUGAAAACAUCUUUAAAGAUGUGAAGAACAAGCUGCCUCAGGAGUUACUGCCAAACUCAAUUAUUAAUGCAAUAUGUGGUGAACUACAAUCAUACAGUGACGUGUGUGAAGCAUUCACUGCUGUGGAAGUUACUUUAGGAUUUCUGGCCUUAUCGGGGGGAGACCCUAAUCUACAGCUUGUGGUCUACUUGAAGGAGGUGUUACAAAUGGAAAAUCAAACUGCACCGCACGUACUAGAAGCGUUGACGAGGUGCAACUUAAAACACAUCCAAGCACUUUGGCAACUCCUCUCUGCAAGGAAAUCAGAAUGCUUCCUCCGUCUGAAGCGGGAUCCUUUCUCAGGAAUUCGAGCUGAAUAUAAAGAGGACCUCAGUGCAGAGGAAAGGAAACAGUUGCAUACUUUCUUCAUGAAUACAAGUGUAGAUAUAUUCAUACUGGAACUGCAUGAAAUGUUGAUUUUGAAAUGCAAAAAUAUUCAAUCAUCAGAAUCUUUAAAUGCAUCGUGGAGUUUGAAAGAUUCAUUGAGAAUCAUUAUGGAAAUGAAAGAAGUGGAAAAUUUGCCAGAACUUGAUGAUCUUUUCCCAGACCAAAUUCUGUUGUCAAAGAGUGUGGAGACCUGGAAAGCAGCUGUGACUUUCAAACGGGAGCGAUUACACGUUUCAAGAUAAUUUUGAAGGACCAUUUAGAUGAAAUCUUUGUUUAACAGUGAUAUUUCAUUCUAACACAAAAUAGAGAUCGUACAAAAUUUUAAAGCAGAAACAUUUGCUUUGCAAUUCCUUUUUUUAAUUACUGAAGCAAUAAUUUAUCAAGCACUGUGUCAGAUAUAACUGCCUUUGUUUUGCACCUGAAGAUCUUUGAAGAGGUGUUUGAAGUUUACAAAAACAAGUGAUAUUAUUAAAAGUUAGUCAUUGCUUAUCUUGGUGUCUUAAUCCAAGGUCAGUUAAGCAUUGUAACGCACAUCAUGAAAUUGCAAUCUUCUCCUGCACUGCAUAUAUAUUUACAUUAUGUGAAUAUGGGUGUGAAAAUAUUUUCUGCCUGCCAUAACGAAAAAUGCAUAAUCAUCUUACUAUAUUAAGGUGCCUUUAUGUUAAAAUGCUGCUUAAA